GACCUCCACAACCCGCGCAUUUUCGCUCUUUUCACGUGCUUUACUUUGCUGAACUUAUCCGCCGUACAGAUAUCCAUUUUGCGCUCGCUCCAGGCCAGGCCCAGCGGCGAAGCCAGUCCGAUACGCGCCGGAUUUUCUCGCCCGCUGCUGGAGUAGUGUACCGCUAGUCGCAGCCUUCGAGCCGUGAGAAACAGUCGACACCCUAACUCCCCCCAGUACCACUUCGCAACCAGAAUCUCGUCGUUGCGCACGCGUAUUCCAUGCAUGAGCGCUUCAUUGAUUCGUUCUUACUUCUGCCUCUUGUCUGUUCCUGCCUCUAGAGGUCGACAAUGGACUCAGAUCCAAUCGAAUCCUCGCCCCUGCAGCCGCCGCGGUACGCAAACAUGAUGUCGGACGAAGGCGACACAAUUGCAACCCAGCCUCUGGACCGGCCAUAUGUUCCUCACAUUCGCACUCCGAACAGCUACAUAACUCAGCCCACGCAGCCUGUUCGCACGCCUCCCCAGUCAGCCGUGCAACUGUCGCAAAUACAAGUUCCGGCGUCAUCCUCGCCACCGACCGGCCCAAUGUUCAGAAAUCCACCUCAAAUGCGACCACAACCUCCGUACCGACCGCAACCAACCUUCUACAACCCCAUGAUGAUGGCUCCUCCCGGGACAGCGCCUCGGUUUCCCGGAUUCCUGCCGCAGAACUACAAUGCCAGCUCGCAGUCGCAGUCGCAGCCGCAGACCCAGUACUCGGACUUUGGAGAUGCUGAUGGUCAGGUCUCGGAAUCCGAUGAUGAGCUACAUGCCGCCGACAUUCCUCCCUCCUUUCGCAAUGGCCGAAGUCUCGGUCAGGAUCAGUUCAGACAGUCCAUUGCCGGUUUUGGAUAUAACCCGAACGCCCAACAACCUAGUGUAGUGACGAAAGGCAGAAGCACCCCGCAUAAACGUGCGCCAGAUGACAUGAUAUCGUCCUACGGCAACGUGUCGCGGCCGGCAAAACAGCAACGCACGAACGCGCCUGUGGCUCGCCCACGGCAACCUUCUGUCAGGCGAAUCAGGUUUCCUACCAUUCACGAUAUCCCUGACAUCUCGCUCCAACAAAAAGUUAGGAACAUCCAACUGAUCGCUUCUCACAAGUCGAUUGACGAUAUCGUUCGCGCUCUUGAGGUGAAGAAGGGCAACAUGGACGAUGCUAUCGACUGGCUCAUGGACGAUGAAGCGCAAAAGGCUGCUAGUCAGUUUGUCGAUAUGACUGGCGGCGACGAAGAUGCAGAUGGAUCAACGGACUCGGAUGUGGAGAUUGCAAAAAGCUCAAAACCGACGGCUAAUCGUAAUUUUGAGGCACAUAGAGCAGGCAUUGGUGCCUAUUCGAAGCUUCAGCAACAGCGAAAGCCCCCCACGCAGGCCGUGGAUUCUGAAUUGAGUCCACCGCGCAAGCCAUUAAGUCGAUUGAAAACCGGAAUUCGGCCCGAGCGGUCACGCUCGACCUCCGCACAACCGGUGGUCGCACCGGCGUCUGCUGUUCGCAAAACGGCCCGCCGCGUUGUUGACGACGACGACGAAGAGAGUGACGCCGACGGGCAUGAGACUGACGUCGAGCCUGAAUUGCCUGUUAUCCAACGUGAGUCUGUUGAGGACAAGGUAUUCAAGUUCUUACAGGAGUGCACGAGCAAGGAGCUGGUGUCGAUGAUUGACUGCAAGCCCGAAGACGCUGAAUUUCUUCUUUCCAAACGUCCUUUCAAGACGCUUGAUGCUGCCCGACUUGUGAAUCGACCUGUUGUACCUGGAAAGCGUAGAGGCGGCACCCAGCGCCCGCUUGGUGAUCGUCUUGUUGAUCAAAUAGUGUCUACAGAGGAGAGUUUGCAGGCGGUGGAUCGUGUUGUGGAUCGGUGCCAGCAGUAUCUGGAAGAUGUCCGGCAAAAGAUGAACGGACUGGGCAUUGACAUGUCAAAAUCCGUAAAGGACGACGGACUCAACGUUGCGUCCUUCGACGAGGCGGGUAAGGAGUCCCCUAAGGUGGAUUCCGGAACGGGAACCCCGACGCCAAACACGAGCGUCAGGAUCGAGCAGCCGUCGAUAAUGAGCAAGAAUCGUACGCUCAAGGAUUACCAACUGGUUGGCCUCAACUGGCUCGCCGUCAUGUACAGCUUGCGAAAAAGAUGGGCAAAGCAGAAUGGAUGCAUACUUGCCGACGAGAUGGGUUUGGGUAAGACGUACCAGAUCAUCUCCUUCAUAUCGCAUCUAUUCGAGACGGGCGAGCCAGGAAAACAUCUUGUCGUCGUACCCUCGUCGACGCUCGAAAAUUGGCUGCGUGAAUUCCAGCAAUUCUCGCCAGAGCUGCAUGUGGAGCCGUACUAUGGAAAAGCCGCGCAACGAAAAGAACAACAGUACCAGAUCGAAGAAGCAGGUGAUGCAGUCAAAGUCAUUGUCACCACGUAUCAAAUCGCUGCGAGUGACAAGGAUUGCGCGUGGCUGAGGAAGACCAAGUUUACGUCGUGCAUCUUCGAUGAAGGACACAAACUGAAGAACGCGAAAUCGAAGGGCUACCGAGCUCUCAGCAAGAUCAGGGCCGGUUUUCGCCUUUUCUUGACUGGCACUCCACUUCAGAACAAUCUCCAGGAGCUCAUCUCUGUCCUUGCGUUCAUCAUGCCGACCUUAUUCGAGGAUGCUGAAGACGAUCUACAACUGAUUUUCGACUGCAAAGCGAAGACGACGGACUCUGAUCACGGUGUCCUGCUAGCUUCCCAGCGCACGAACCGCGCCAAGGAAAUGCUUAAGCCGUUUAUCCUUCGUCGUACCAAGGAUCAGGUGCUCAAGGACCUUCCACCAAAGACCAAUCGUCUAGUUUACUGCGACAUGACCGAGAGGCAGCGAGAGGUCUACGAUGAAUACACUCGAUACCACGAGGAAGCUCUGGCAGACCGCAGGGCAGGCAAGAAGAUUGAAGAGUCUGGCAAAUUUCCUCAUCUUCAAGACAGGCGAUCUGCUGCCAUACAUCCUCUUCUGCGUCGUAAAAUAUACCAAAAUGAGGACAUUAGAAAACUAAUCGUCCCGAAAAUCGAUCGCAAGGGCAGGCCUUGGGGUGGGAAGAGCGACGAGACGAUCUUCGAGGAGUUAACCUGGGCCUCGGACUGGGAGCUGCACGAAAUCUGCGAAAAGUACAAGAUCAAGAAGCCUGGCCCAUUGAAGAACAAGGAAUGGAUGGAUUCUGGUAAAGUUACGAAGCUGAUUGAGCUACUGCGUGAGCACAAGGCAGCUGGCUCUAGGACGCUUAUCUUCAGCCAGUAUGCGAAGGUGCUGGACAUCUUGGGUAGAGUGCUUGAAACCGAGGACGUAACACAUGUUCGACUAGAUGGCACGACCCCGACAGAAGACCGGCUCGCGCUGAUUGACAAAUUCAACGAAGACCCGUCAAUACAGGCCUUCAUGAUCACCACGCGUUCUGGCGGCGCAGGAAUAAAUCUAGCGACUGCAGAUAAGGUCAUCAUCUUCGAUCCUUCCUUCAACCCGCAAGACGAUGUUCAAGCUGCCAACCGCGCCCACCGCAUUGGCCAGACGAAACCCGUCGAGGUCGUCACGCUCGUCACGAAGGGAACGAUCGAAGAGCAGAUCUACAAGCUGGGUCUGUCGAAGCUUGCACUCGACCAGCGUGUGGCCGGCGCUGACGACGAUGACGGCGAUUCCGGGAGCUCAAAGGUCGCGGAGAACAACAUGAGGAAGAUUGAAGACAUGUUGAUGAAGGGCCAGACGACGCCUCCGGAAGAAGAGAGCGACGCAGAGCCCGUCGCUGCGGCAAAUGACGACCGUGUCAAGAAGUCUGACGAGUCGAAGGAGGAUGUCAAGGACGCAUUCAAGGGUGCAAUGGAGGCUAAAGGCGUGACAUUCGCAGAGGAACAGUCGUGAAGACAAUAGAGACGACAGCGCAUGAGGUCUUUUUUUUUUUUUUUAAAAAAA